AUGACCAUUGGAUUGCUUGCAAUGUUGUCUGUAGACAAUCUUGAUCUUUCUUUUCUGCUUUUCAACUUUUAUGGCCCCAUCAAAUUUGAGGACAAGCUUAUGGUGUGGAACGAAGUUGCUGCUCAGAUUAACAUGAUGGGUAAAGAUAAGGCCAUUUUGGCUGGCGACUUCAAUGCCCUGCUAGACAUGGAUGAGAAGGUGGGGGGUCUGAGGAAGCCUACGAAAGUGAUGGAAGAUUCCAGGGAGUUCAUAUCCAACUGCAAUUUAGUCAAUAUCAUACAAAAAAAUGGCAAAUUCACAUGGACCAAUAGAAGGCGAAACUUCGCAAACAUCUCUGAGCGAUUGGAUCGUUUCUUGGUCGGGGAAUGGUGGAUUAAUGGUAACAAGUCAUUAUUUUCAGAAAUUGCUCCACAUGUGGGAUCAGAUCACCUUCCACUUAUUUUAUCCAUAUCACAGGAAUUUAGAGACAACUUGAAAGCUUGGUGGCAAGAAAGUAAUGUUUACUCUGGUUCUCCAAGCUUUAAAUUUGUUAAAAGGAUGCACUAUCUGAAGAACAAAAUCAAAGCUUGGAAUAAGUACACCUUCAAAAAUAUUCACUUCGAAAAAAUUAGAAUAGAGAAAGAAUUGGAAGUAAAUGGCAAUCAGACUAUGAGGCUCGGCAUGACCAAUGUGGAAUAUGAGUUGGAAAGGACACUCAAAGCCCAAUACAUGGAAAUUUUGGGGCAGGAAGAGCUCUAUUGGAAAGACAAAUCAAGGGAACUAUGGAUUGUUGAUGGCGAUCUCAACACAAAAUUCUUUCAUGCCUCCUCAAAAUCCAGAAGGAUUAAAAAUAAAAUAUGCGUUGUCAAGGAUGUGAAUGGGGUGGUUAAACAGGCCCCUGGAGACAUUGAACAGAUGGCAUUGAGGCACUUCAUGAAGAUUUUGGGGUAA